AUGAAUAACAAAUCCAUGCCAAAUGUGGAUGUGUGGUCUUUAGGAAUCACGGCCAUAGAAAUGGCAGAAUACAAUCCUCCACACAUUAAACUCCGUGGUGCUGAGCUUUCCGAAAGGAUUAUGAAUGGUCCAGCUCCAGCUCUAAAAGAGGAUAUAUGGAGUAGUAAAUUCCACAGAUUUCUUAAUAAAUGUCUUCAGAAGGAUCCAGCCAAAAGGCCAUUCGCAAAGGAACUCCUAUUAAACCGAUUCAUCACAUAUAAUCGAGAUGAAGAGGAGGUGCAAUAUAGCAUAGCAGAACAUAUACAUAAAGGACUCUAUCUUGAGUGCCUAUAUGGUAAAGUCAAGCAGACCUGUGUUCAACCUGGACACCUGACCUGCCCCACCAUUGCCUCCUACCUAGAGCCACUACCUGAGGCCGAGCCCAACCACAAUGAGUACCUGUGGGUAUUCCACAGGUACCUGACCUACUGCAGAUCUCUAACUCGAGUGCACUAA